AUGGAAACUCUUCAAAUUCCUUCUAACAAUAAAUCAGAUAUUAAUAUUGAAGAUAAAAUUAACAUUGGACAAAAUAAUCAAAAUAAAAUAGAUAUUUUCAAUGAUACAGAUUGUAAUAUGGAAAAUGAUUUUGACAAAGACUACAAGGAAAAUACUCAAGAUAAUGAAAAAUUAAAAAAAAAUGUUGAUAUUUUUGGUGUAAAAUAUAAAGAAAGUAAAACAUUGAAUAAAAAGGUACCACUUCCUCCUUGGAAUCAGUUGAUUAGUGAUAGAAGGGAUGUCGUUGCAAUUGGUAAAAUUAAUGUAAAAGAAUAUAGUAACUUUUUGAGAAAUUUUGUUAAAUCAGCCUCCUCCAGACGAUGUUGUAUCAUUGAAACUGGACAUUUACUUAUAUACUCAUCAACAUCAGAAGAUAAAGGAUAUUUAUUAGAUUUAAAAAAAAUGGAAAAAAUUGUUUUUGAGGGAUAUGCUAGUUCAAUAAAAAAUAAUGGGAAACUUGUUGCAAUUAAAUUAAAAUGGUCAUUUGGAUCUGUAACAAUUACACUUAGUGAAGAUGAAAUAUCCGAAUGGAAGGAACCAAUAUUUGUUAUUCAUGAAAAUAGUGAAAUUUAUGAAUUGACAAAAAAAUUCAAUUGGACUCAUCGUCGUAAACCAACCUUUAACACAACAUUAAAUGAAGAAAUUGAUGCUUAUUAUAAUGAUAUUAUGGAACAAAAUGAUGCAGAUGAUGAAAUUGAGUAUGAUGAAAAUAAAUACAUAAAACAACUAGAAUUUAUUCAUCCUUCUCGUGGACAACUUAAUAUUCAUGAAGAUUUAAAAAAAUUAAUUAACAAUAGUUCAAUGAUAAGUGGAGAUGGUUCAAGAUAUGAUACACCAAGACCAGAUAGAAAACUUGAAAAAAAAAUGAUGGUUGGAGAUUAUGAAGAUUAA